AUGGAAGCUCUGAAGCGCUGGAGAGCAGGAUGGGGCUAUCCCACUUCUUUGCUGUGCGUGUAUGGUUUCUUCAGCACCGUGAAACCGCUCGAACCCUUUCUCAUACCGUACCUGACCGGGCCUGACAAGAACCUGACCAUGGAAGAGGUGACCAAUCAGAUAUUUCCAGUGUGGACAUACUCUUACUUGGCCUUGCUGGUCCCCGUCUUCUUGCUCACCGACUGGCUGCUUUACAAACCUGUGGUGGUAUUCCAAUGCGUUGCCCUUUUUGUGACCACGGCGAUGUUGCUGUGGCUACAGGGCGUGGCAGUGAUGCAGGCCAUGCAGUUUUUUUAUGCUGUCGUGACGGCGUGCGAGGUGGCCUACUUCUCUUACAUAUACAGCAUGGUGGCUUUACGGCACUAUCGCAAAGCUACAUCAUACUGCCGUACUGCCCAGCUCUUGGGCUACACCGUGGGAUCUGUUCUCGGACAGCUCCUGGUGUCAUUUGACCUUCUGUCCUACCACUACAUCCUAGUGUUCACGCUAGUGCUGACUGCCAUCGCCCUGGUGACUUCGUUUAUUUUGCCAAUGCCUCAGCGGAGUAUGUUCUUUCACAAAGGUAUUGAUGAUCAAGAUGAGGAUAAUGCAGAAGGGGAGGAUGGGAAAGUGGAAAAGGGGAGACCCCCAGAGACAGGGGAACUAGAAGGCGGAACAUUUAAAGCACCAUCUCAGCAUGAGGCAAAACUUAGUAGUAGAGGUAGCAGUAGCCAUGAGAGAUCUAGUUCAGAGGUCUCUGCUGAAACUGGAGGGACGGAUGCAGUGCCUGAAGGUUGUGGGAGUGCACUGGUCAUGCUUUGGAAAGACUUCCGACAGUGCUACUCCAGCCGUGAGCUGCUGUACUGGUCAGUGUGGUGGGCUCUGGCAACCUGUGGCUAUAACCAGACGGUAAAUUACGUCCAGGCACUGUGGGAACACGUAGAGCCCUCCAGCAACUUCACCAUCUACAACGGAGGAGUGGAGGCAGUCUCUAACUUAUUUGGAGCAGCCACUGCAUAUGGGAUAGGUUUUACCACAGUGGACUGGUCUUACUGGGGAGAACUAGCCCUGGGAGGGUUCUCUGGGCUUGGAGGUGGGGCACUGUAUCUGAUGGUUUUCAUCGGUAACAUCUGGGUUUGCUACGCCGGUUACGUCAUCUUCAAAUGUCUCUACAUGUUACUCAUCACCAUAGCAAUGUUCCAGAUUGCUGCUGGCUUGUCUAUGAAACGCUAUGCGCUUGUCUUUGGAGCCAACACCUUCUGUGCCCUAGUCAUCCAGACAAUUCUGACCUUCAUAGUGGUGGACAGCAGGGGACUGGGCCUAGACAUUGUCACACAGUUCAUCAUUUACGGGACCUAUUUCUCUGGCAUGGCCCUGGUUUUCUUCUUGAGGGGACUGUACACCAUACUGAAUGUACGUAGAAGACGUCAUGUAGAGAGCAAAUCUACUGGUGAACCACAGUGUGUGAAGAUGACUGACAUAGAAACAAACUAG